AUGGCUAGCAGUGUGCCGUUGUUGCGAAAUUCGCUACAAAAAGGCAAAUACGUUCCAUUGCUGAUCCCUCAGCAAUGCAAACACAGCGCAGCAAGUGCCAGCAAUCAGCUGGAGAAAAUUCGCGAGCGAUUGGAAAGUGGCCCAAACUUCCAGAACUUUGUACAACAUCCGGACUACAAUAAAGAGGACUGGUCCGCAUACGAAGGAAAGCUACGGCGCGAGAAGGGCGAAAAUGACCGAUUGCGUUUGCCGCCCUGGCUGAAGACAAAAAUUCCGAUGGGUAAAAAUUUUACCCGUAUCAAGGAACAGUUGCGCGAGCUCAAGCUAGCAACGGUAUGCGAGGAAGCAAAGUGUCCGAACAUUGGUGAAUGCUGGGGAGGUGGCGAACAUGGCACACAGACGGCCACUAUAAUGCUGAUGGGUGACACCUGCACACGAGGAUGUCGAUUUUGUAGCGUAAAGACGGCACGCGCCCCACCACCACUGGAUCCGGCAGAACCGUUAAAUACGGCUACGGCUAUUGCAUCGUGGGGUUUGGAUUACAUUGUGCUUACGUCCGUCGAUCGGGAUGAUCUGCCUGACGGGGGAUCCAACCAUAUUGCCGCAACUAUUAGAGAAAUUAAGAAGCAGAAUCCGCGAAUUUUUGUGGAAUGCCUUGCACCAGACUUUCGUGGUGACCUUGCGUGUAUCGAAACGGUCGCCAUGUCUGGAUUGGAUGUCUACGCGCACAACAUCGAAACCGUGGAAGCCCUCACACCGUUUGUCCGCGAUCGUCGAGCACGCUAUCGUCAGAGUCUGGAGUGUUUGGCAAGUGUGAAGCGCUUCAAUCCGAAUCUCAUGACCAAAUCCUCCAUAAUGCUUGGAUUGGGCGAAACAGACGAACAAGUUGAACAAACACUCAUAGAUCUUCGCUCGGUCGGUGUCGAUUGUCUUACACUUGGACAGUACAUGCAGCCCACGAAGCGACACCUGAAAGUGAUCGAGUAUGUGACGCCGGAAAAGUUUAAACACUGGGAAGAGCGUGGCAACGAGCUUGGCUUCCUCUACACCGCCAGUGGUCCACUGGUACGCAGUUCCUACAAGGCGGGUGAAUUCUUCAUCACCAGCAUACUGCGUAAUCGAGCCACGGCAGAAGCCGCUACAAAGGCAAAGGAAGACACGGAAGCGCCAAAGAAUGUCUAA